CGUCCCAACUCCCUUUCCUUUGCAGGUUGCUCCAUUGCUCACCAACAUGGAAGAAGCAGUCGGGUUGCCCGAGGAUAAACAGUUUGCAUGCUUCUCCGACGCUGUAUUCAUUUCCAAAGACAACAGUAUUUUAUCUGUAGAAGUCAUCAAGAGUAUUCAGGCUGCUGUGGCGGGAGGGAACGGGGUGGAAGUGGUCUCUAUAGUUAAAGAGAUCGUGCAGAAAGUAUCCAGAACCACAAUGAAAAUCGCUGUGACUGGGGACUCUGGCAAUGGCAUGUCAUCUUUCGUCAACGCCCUUAGGCUCAUUGGACAUGAGGAGGAGGAUUCAGCUCCCACUGGGGUGGUGAGGACCACCCAGAAACCAGCCUGUUACUCCUCUUCCCGCUUUCCCUAUGUGGAGCUGUGGGACCUGCCUGGCAUAGGGGCCACAGCCCAGAGCAUGGAGAGCUACCUGGAUGAGAUGCAGUUCAGCGCAUAUGACCUCAUCAUCAUCAUUGCUUCUGAGCAGUUCAGCUCGAAUCAUGUGAAGCUGGCUGAAGCCAUGCAGAGGAUGAGAAAGAGGUUCUAUGUCGUCUGGACCAAGCUGGACAGGGACAUCAGCACAAGUACCUUCCCUGAACCCCAGCUCCUGCAGAGUAUCCAAAAGAAUAUCAGGGAGAAUCUCCAGAAGGAGAAAGUGAAGGAGCCCCCCAUAUUCCUGGUAUCUAUCAUGAAGCCUUUAUUACAUGACUUCGAAAGGCUUAGGGAGACCCUACGGAAAGACCUCUCUGACAUCAAGUACCAUGGUCUCUUAGACACCCUUUACCAAAUUUGUGUGAAUACUAUUAAUGAGAGAGUAGAGUCCAUUAAAAAGAUCAUAGAUGAAAAUAACCUACAAAGAGAGUUUGGAAUCUUGACUCCAGACAACCUGACAGAGACUCGGAAAGUCUUCCAAGAAAUCUUUGGUGUGGAUGACCAAUCUCUCAGCCAGGUGUCUCGGAGUAUGGAAAAGCCAGAUACACAUUACAAGACUAGCAUAGAGUCCCAGGAGAUACAGAGGUACCAACAAAAUGGCUGGCCAUUGGUUUGGUUGCAUCGCCCUGUAACCCAGUUUUUCUCUACAGGCCUUGUCCGCGUGCCAUGCUGUUCUUACUCUCAUCACCAUAGAUACAAGCAACAGAAAGGUGUACUUGAUGAAACUGCUGGCAAAACCAAGAAUGUUCUGUGGAAAAUCCUGGAAGACUCCAUUUCUCAAAAGACCUAGACAACUGAGGUCUUCUCCCCAGCCCUACACCUCACAUGUACCCCCAGUUGAGCUAACCCCUGCCGCACGGGUUCCAAGUUCCUUGAGGUUAAUAGGCUGACUCUCCUAAUGGUGCCUCAUGAGGCACUAUAAUGGACUUUGGUCUGUACCAUUUGUUUGGUUUUACUAAUUGAACUAUCUGGGAUCCCACUGUAAGAGAAAUUUCCCUUUUCUAAUUGCUCAGAAUUUCACAUUUGACAUAGCUCACCUUAGCGCCUAUGAUUAAUAUAGUUCCUCUUAGAGGCCUCUUGGUUUGCUCAUAUCUCUUUCCUACUUUUCUUCCCUGACUCUGGAGAUGGAGUAUCCCUUAAGGAAUGGGGAAGACCAUGGCCAGCAGAGGCCUGUUCUCUGACCCCUCCUCUGAUCUGUAAAGAGGAAAAGGAAGUUAACUCUGGUCCUACUGGUAAUGGGAUUUGCACAGUGCUGAACAGAAGGGUUCUUGGUGCCCUACACUACCUGCGAUGAUGUCAGUGGUAUCAUGACUAGUCAUGGCCCCUCACACUUGUGUUCCCAGUUUUAUAUUGGACCUCAACUUCUUCAGCUGCCCCUAACUCUGCAGGCCGCACCCCCAUCCACAUACACACAGACCCUUCUCCCGUUUCGUUCUGUUUGUGUGGCUUUGUGUUUCCUUAAGACAGGUGCCACUCCGGGUUCUGUCAUGUUCCUUUCUCUCAGCCCGGCUUUCAGUAGACAUCAGUACUGUCAGCCCUUCUCAGUCUCAGACCUUUCUCUGUCUUCCCCUUUCAUCUCUUUGACAGAACACUAAAUGCUUUCCCACUGCCAACUGUUACCAGCCUCACCCCGGAGUGUUUAGUUUGGGCUCAUAGUUUGCCAGGACAGCCCAUCACAGCUGAAAGUCAUCACAAGAGGGGCACGGAGCAGCUGGUCCCAUGUGUCCUCGGUCAGGAAGCAGAGAGAGAUGAAUAGGUCUCUUUGGUACAGGUUUGCCUUUUCAUUCAGCCCAAGACCCCAGCCUAUAGAACGAUACCAUCCACGUUCAAAGUGGGUCUUCCAACUUUCAGGUGUAGUUUCACACAUGUGUAGGGAACUGUGGUUUCAGUUUCCAAGUGUAGAAACUCCCUCUAGAUAUGCCCAAAGGUCCCUUUCCAUAGUGAUUCUAGAUCCUGCCAAAUUGACAACCAAUAUUAACCACACAGGCACUGCGGGUAUACAGGGGUUUUAUUGGUUAAUAGUGGGAAGAAGGUUGGGUGUGACUUAGUUGUACAGUGUUUUCCUAGCACAUGGAAGGCUAUGGUUUUGAUACCCAGAAAGAAAUAAUAUCUGUUUUGAGAUGGAAAGAAAACACCAAUUGUUAUUUGUUGGGGGGAAAAAACAUGCACCAACCAUACCCUCUUGCUGGUACAGGUACUUUAUGAAAAAGCAUCACUUAAAUGUAAAAGGUGGGUUUACUUUAUAUGUUGUGGGUAAGGAUAGGUUGAACUGAGAAGUCUCACGGCAGUGGGAUUGGGGGUGAACCAAGUUCUGCUAAGACUCUCCUUCCCCCUGCUCGUUCUUUUGUUAACGUGGUUCCAUGGACUCACAGGAAAGGUCUGCAAUGAAAUCAGAGGUUUUGUUUGCCAUCCUUAUGAUGUACAUAGGUAUUCAGAAAUAAUUCUUGAGGUCACGUUUAUAGCACAGAUCCCGCUCCAGUAGGUUGACUGUGAGAAAGCAAGCGUGUUUUCUUAAAGCUCUUCUAAGGUUGUAUGUGUUGGUUACAGGGACUCUAACCCGGCCCCAGCACUCAGGAAACUGACUGUGAUCUCACUGUUAGCCUGGCUGGAGAAGCAGGUUGUGAAUUCUGUGUCUUAGGUCACAGAUGUAGAUUUUCUCUUUGCUGGUUGUAUGUACAGAUACAGAAAUAUAUGUCCAUGGGUAUUAUAUAGUCAUCAUACACAUUAUUCUGUAUUGUAUGUAACAUACAUGUGGUCUUAAUCUCUAUGAUGGAAUAAAUCAUCACAGUUAU